AUCUAUCUGGUAUUGCAAUAUCGGCGAGCCCUAACAUUUGAAUACAGAUUCCGGCGUAGACACAGAAAGAGAGAGAGAAUGAGCGGAGCAGGGAAGAAGAUUGCCGACGUGGCGUUCAAGGCCGGCAGGACAAUCGACUGGGAAGGAAUGGCGAAGCUUCUCGUCUCCGAUGAGGCUCGCAAGGAGUUCGCUACGCUUCGCCGUGCGUUCGAUGAGGUCAACUCCCAGCUCCAAACCAAGUUCAGUCAGGAACCUGAACCUAUAGACUGGGAGUAUUAUAGAAAAGGAUUAGGUUCUCGCUUGGUGGAUAUGUACAAGGAAGCAUAUGAAAGCAUUGAAAUCCCUAAAUAUGUGGACAAAGUCACACCUGAAUAUAAACCCAAGUUUGAUGCCUUGUUGGUUGAGCUGAAAGACGCUGAGAAGCAAUCACUGAAGGAGUCUGAAAGAUUGGAAAAAGAAAUUGCAGAUGUCCAAGAGCUAAAGAAAAAACUCAGCACAAUGACAGCAGAGGAAUACUUUGCAAAGCACCCUGAACUAAAGAAGAAGUUCGAUGAUGAAAUCCGAAAUGAUUACUGGGGUUACUAAUCAUCUACCGUCACCAAGAAGUCUAGCUACACUUGUUGGUGAGCCAUUUUGAGUUCAUCCUUGGUUUAGAAAUAAAAGAGGAUUAUAUGUGUGCCGUUUGAUUUCAUCAUCAGUUACUUGGAGAACUUGUUUUUCGGUAUGGCCUGCUUUGGAGAUAACCAACCUUGUCUAAAUCAUUCAGGGUCUCUGAUCAUCCCUAACAUUUCUUGAUUCUGAGAUUCUAUUUCUUCUGUUUUAUUUUUCCAACCGGGAUGGAUGCCUUGUAUAUCUUCUCUUUUGAAAUUCAAGUAUGCAAAUAAACAAAUCCUUUGGUGAUUACAUUUUAUACAAACCAUGUUGUCUCUCUCA